CCGCGGCCGAGGCGGAUGUCAUGCAGCCCGAUCGAUUGAACCUUGGACAGAACAGCAACCGCAAAACCCGUCAACGACAAAACGCGCCCGCCGAGAGCACGUUCCGUACACGCCAAAUACGACACGAAUUCCACGCGAAAGCCAUACCCACCUGCUCUCCCUCGACACCUGGAUCACCAAAGCCGGUAGUAUUUAUCAUCACCUAGGUCUUGCACCGCUCUGCAGGACAAGCGACGCGACCGCCUUUGAUCGGAACCGAGCGACGGAGUCGCCUUGCGCCCAGAGAAGCAGACCAAAAUGGGGCAGAGCGUGUCGUGGCUCUCGGGCCUGAUCUGGUCGAAAAAGGAGAUACGGAUCCUGAUCCUGGGUCUUGACAAUGCCGGCAAGACUACGCUCCUGUAUAGGCUGAAGAUAGGAGAGGUUGUCACGACGAUACCAACUAUAGGGUUCAACGUCGAGUCGGUGACUUACAAGAACCUAAACUUCAACGUCUGGGAUCUGGGUGGACAAACAUCGAUCCGACCAUACUGGCGAUGCUACUAUGCCAACACGGCAGCCGUCAUCUUCGUCGUCGACUCGACGGAUAUCGAGCGCCUGCAGACGGCAGCAGACGAACUGGCGGCGAUGCUGAAUGAGGAUGAGCUCAAGGACGCCUCGCUACUUGUCUUUGCCAAUAAGCAGGACCAGCCUGGUGCGAAGGGGGCCGGUGACAUCUCACAGGCCCUGCGCCUAGGUGAGCUGCGGGACAGGAACUGGAGCAUCAUGGCCUGCUCUGCCGUUGACGGCAGUGGCGUCAAUGAGGGAAUGGACUGGCUUGUGCAAACCGUAUCGCAAGAAUAAACGAAGCGCCUCGAGCUCAUCUUCGCAGCAUCAUCAACAGCAAAUUGUAAACGUCGUUAUCUAUUUGGACUAGACAUCAGCCUUGCUGGAGACGACAUGGCACAUUCCCCCCUAGCAUCGGCGUUUCUUGGUGGGCAAAUCGCGGUUCAUUGGCCCUGGCUUCCGUCUUGAUUUUAUGUUGACUACCACAGCACCGCAUCUGCCGAACAAAUUUUUGGCUCAUAUCCCGGGUACUCGAGAUGGGGACGCCUCUGGAACCGUACCAGGGCCUGCCGCCUUUCCGUGAUUUCGUUUAUGUAUAAGAAGUUCGCAAUACAUCAUCAUGAAGUAACAGGCUGGGUCUUCGUUUAGUAAACUCGGCAACGCUGAGAACUAUGCCCGCCUGCUUGGAGGACUCUGGACCUUGAUGCCUGGUAGAUACGGUCACGAGUUUUCACCCAACGUCAACUGGCAAUAGUUCGACAGGAUCCCAAGAAAAAUACAGCUUGUUGUCUGCUCGAAAAUAGAUGGUUUUUUUAUCACGCAGACAGGCCAAUUUACCGUUAUCGUAUUGUG